CCAUGGCCGCGGCCGGCAUCCUGUAUAUGGAACAUGAGACUGAAAAUAAUAGCUCAGAAUGUUCCUGAAGAAGAAAGUGUUUCCUUUGAGGCAGAAAUGGAAGGAUAUACAAGAGAGGGUCUCCGCUUCCCCAUUUUAGGUGAUAAUUGGGACUGUGAGAACCAGGAAAGAAAUUUGAGGCAAUCUCCUUUAAUCGAUGAGAAAACAGAGGUUCAGGAAGCAAAUUGUGACCAUCUUAAUUUGGGGGGACAUUUGAGUGAAAACCCAGCCCUUCUACCACCUCAGAGAGUCACUACGACAAACGGCUUCCAUGUUCAUAACUCAGACAUUAAAACUUGUGACCGUGACCAAACCUUACAUAGUUGCCCCCAAAGUUAUACAGUUAAGGGAACUGGUGACGACGAUGCUUGUGAAAAAGCCACCCAACCCUCCAUGGAAGUCACUCAACUUGUAAGAAACCAAACGAGAGAUAAAUCCUAUAAAUAUGCAGAAAGUGUUAAAUCUUUAAACCACUUUACCACUGCCCUUUGUGAUAAAAAAAUUAAGAAAAGAAGCAAGAAAUUUUGUAAAGGUAAGGACUUUGGGGACAUCUUAGCCCUGAGCUCAUCUCUUAAUGAAAAAAGAAGUCAUUCUACUGAGAAACCGUAUAAAUGUGCUGAAUGUGGCAAGUGUUUCAAACGGAACUCUUCUCUUGUUUUACACCAUCGAACUCACACUGGUGAGAAACCUUAUACCUGUAAUGAUUGUGGAAAAUCAUUCUCUAAGAACUAUAACUUGAUUGUACAUCGAAGGAUUCAUACAGGAGAGAAACCCUAUAAAUGCAGUAAGUGUGGAAAAGCUUUCAGUGAUGGAUCAGCACUGACACAACACCAGAGGAUUCACACAGGUGAGAAGCCUUAUGCAUGUCUAGAUUGUGGAAAAACUUUCAACAGAAAUUCAUCCCUGAUUUUGCAUCAAAGAACUCAUACAGGGGAAAAACCAUAUAGAUGUAAUGAAUGUGGGAAGCCCUUCACUGACAUUUCUCACCUUACUGUGCAUCUCAGAAUCCACACUGGUGAGAAGCCCUAUGAGUGUAGCAGAUGUGGAAAGGCUUUCCGAGAUGGCUCAUACCUCACUCAGCAUGAGAGGACACACACUGGAGAGAAGCCUUUUGAAUGUGUAGAGUGUGGGAAAUCCUUCAGUCGCAACUCUCACCUCAUUGUGCAUCAGAAAAUUCAUUCUGGGGAGAAACCCUAUGAAUGUAAAGAGUGUGGGAAAACUUUCAUUGAGAGUGCGUAUCUCAUCAGGCAUCAGAGGAUUCACACUGGUGAGAAGCCUUAUGGUUGUAACCAGUGUCGUAAACUCUUCAGGAACAUUGCUGGACUUAUCCGGCACCAGAGAAUUCAUACUGGUGAAAGGCCUUAUGAGUGUAAUCAGUGUGGUAAAGCUUUCAGAGAUAGCUCCUGUCUGACCAAGCAUCAGAGGAUUCACACUAAGGAGACUCCAUACCAGUGUCUGAAGUGUGGAAAGUCCUUCAGGCAGAACACUCACCUGGUAGUACAUCAGAGACUUCAUAACAGAGAGGGUCCCAGCCAGUGUCCUCACUGUGGGAAAAUAUUUAGAAGGAGCUGGUGUCUUGCCCGACAUCAGAGAACACACCUUGAAGAGCAGCCCACGGAAGCAUAAUGGACAUGGGCCAUACUCUCCUUGAGUGAACAAAGGAUUUGUUUUCAGAUGUGACUUCCCUUACUAAAAGAAAAUAAUUCUUUAUAUAUAAAAAAAUUAAAUACGAGAUAUUCUAUAAUUGCAUUAACACUGUUAUUAGGGAACUCAUGAAGAGAGGGUUGAAUGGUAGUCAGUGUAGUAAAGGCUUCAGGGAUGAUUCAGCCUAUACCAAACAUGUAGUGCAUACACUGAAAUAAAGCACCUGUCAGCGAGGAAGGCGUUUUCCUAGAGAUACUCAUUUAUCUUUACAUCAGGAUACUGAAACUGGAAAGAACCUGUGAAUUCAUUCAGUAGGUAGCCAGUAGGAGACAUCUUUAAUGGUAUCACCUUAUUGUAUACAAGCAAAUGCUUAUUAGAGUCAAAGCUUGUAAAUGUUAUUUGGAAGUGACACUUUUGUCACUUUGUACUGUCCUGUUUCCAUAAAGGCAUAGUGGUGGGAUGUCGUACACAGUGCUCUACAAACCACCACAGGAUGUAGCUGGGUUUGCUGUUUGAAUGCACUUCUGUUUUAUGGUCCUGCCAGAACACAGAUGACUCAUUUAGUGAGGUGAAACUGGAUAUAGGAGUUGCUUGUGAUUGAAAUGAAGUUGACCCUCUUAAGACUAAAACACUCUCCAUGGUAGAAAGGGCUGCUUCUAAGAAAUAGGAUCCAUUGCUUUAGGUAUUGAACAAAAAAUAUUGAAUUGUAUUUCAGUUAUCACCUGCCUUCACUGAUGUUGAUUAUUUUGGAUACUAAUUUGUGUCGAGUUCAGGCCCUUUGAAACAAAAUCCAAAGGUUUCGUUGCCAUCCUAAAAAUACUCAGAUCAUUGCAAAAGAAAGUGUAAAAGUAGAUUUAUUAUAUUAUAAUCAUGUUCAUAUUUAGUUGUAGGUUAGCAGUGGAAGAUGGAAUUAAGUGGCUUCUUAGGAGACUACAAUUGUGUUGUUUUCCUUUUUAUUUAUACAGUUUUAUAUAAUAAUUUGGUAAUGUAUAUAAAAGUGAAGCUAAAAGGAAACAAAUUUGGAGUCUCUUGGAUCUUUGCCAGUGGAUAGAGGCCAAAAAUACUGUCAGACAACCUACAAAGGCUAGAUCAUGGCUACAGGAAGCCAUAAGCAACUCUGGGUGUAUACUGACAGAUGCUUCUUUGGAAUCAGAGCAUCCCGAAGCGUAGAAUAAUUUCUUUUGGAAUUUUGGAUAUAAUGGCAUUGUGGAGGGAAAGUUAUAAGAGUCUAAGGAUAGGGAAGAGAAAGUUACAGAAAAAUCUGGAAUAAUCUUACCAUGUCCUUUCUCAGUGCAGUGUUAGCUGACUGAAAGCUAGCCAGUUUGGUUGAGAGCUUCAAAGGCCUCUGAUUCCUUCUGGAAAUUUUGACUUGACCCUGUCUUCUAUCUUUUGGUUCCUGUGAAGAGAGAAUCAUAAGCCUAUUUGGAGAUGACUAAGGCUAUUGAGUAGAUUCCUAAGGAAGUUAGGCAUCUCAGUCUUCUGUAUGCAUGCCCUUGACAGCUACAUGGUUAUCAUAUGAUGGGGAUGGAGAGAUAGUGGUAGGGUGCUUGCUAUUCUUCCAGAGGACCUGGGUUUGUUUCCUAGCACCCAUAUGAUGGGAAGGGACUGGUGCCUAGUGAGUAGAGGCCAAAGAUAUUGUCAGACAUCCUACAAAAAUAGUCCUUGGAACAGUUAUCUCAGAAUAUUGAGAACUGUGAUUGGUAUACACACACACGCCACACACACACAAUCAUUUGCAACUUACAGAUUGUCUCUAUAAUGUUAUGUGUAUGAAUAAGGCAUUAGCAAAUACCUAGUGGACUGUAGACCACUCAAGGGUGCAACACUUUGGUGUCUGUUACUCUCAAGUAAAACAUGCAUGUACCAUUAGUGUUAGUAGUGUCCCUGCUUCUUGAUACUACAUUUCAGAUUCUGGAACAAGAAAUCAUCACUAGGCCAGCUAUGGCCCGAGGGAAGCACCGCAAGGAAGAGGUGUCAACUCUGAAAUUGUAGUAAGUUCACAUGGGAUUUGUAUGAGUGUGAAUUGUUUCCCCUUGCUCUUUUCUAAAAUUCGGUUUCUCAAAUGAGCAGGGAAAACUGCUGUAGUGAAAAUAACUACUGUAUAGAAAUGAACACUUGACUAAAGAGGGAAAGAUGAGAUUUGAGUUGGGAGAGUUCCAGAUGACUUCCAGUGCAACCUGGGCAAUUUUCAGUGGUAGGCCUGACUGGGGAAUAGACAGGAGAGCAUACUGGAAUAUCAGGACAAGUAUCAUUUAACCGCACAGCCCUUAAAUAGGUAGAGACAACUUUGGCUGGAAUCAGAUGGAGAAAGUGAAUAUAGAGGAUUUCAAAGACUGAACUUUUAUUUUACUUUUCCUGACUUUGAAGAGUGCUUAACUUACCGUUCCUGGCUUUAAGGCUGGAGAACCCACAUAUGAGUGGCUUCUGAAAGCCAGCAAGGCAAGAAAAUGGAUUCUUCCCCAGCGUGUCCCCAAAAGGAACUGUUCCUGUUCUUAUUAGUCUAUUGAAUAAUUGAUGUGUGGUUUUAAGCCAGGUUUUUUUGUUUUGUUUUUUUUUUUUUUUGGUGGUAAUUUGUUAUAUUAUCUGUAGGUGAUAAACUUCACUUGAUAGUUCUUUUUAGACUCCUGACUGAAGUGUGUUCUCUUACCAAGCAAGUUAAGUAAACCAACCCUUUCCACUCCAUAGCUAUACAUUUUUUUUUUUUUUUAAGGAAAAGAAGACUUAUCUUGCCUCUGUUGGCCUCUGUGAGUUCACCGUUUUAACAGCCUUGAAUUUUAUUACUCGUUUAGAGAUUUAAAUACUGUCAUUGUCGAUGGGCAUGGUGGCACACACCUUUAAUGCCAGAACUCAGGAGGCAGAAGCAGGUGGAUCUCUGAA